AUGGAGAUCUGAUUACAGUGCUUUUUAUUUAUCUGAGGCUACUCAUGUUUCUCUGAGUUAUCAAGAAGUUCAUGGCGCCUACCAUAAAAAAGCAAUAAGCUUCACUGUGACAAACUUAAUUCACUUCUGUAAUCAAAGGAAGAAAAGCAAAAAAGAAACAACUUGGGAAGAUAGCAAAGAUCGACGAGAUUUUUGCUCAAUCAUCAGAGCAUGGCAUGAAACUUACAACAUCAAAUGAGGAAAUUGAAUCAAUGAGCAAUCUUUUAUCUGAAAUGCAUUCAUCCCUUGAGUCAUGGGUUCUGAGGCUCACUCAAUCACAGACCACAACUAAAACAGAAGUUCAGUUCUGCAAAUCUCUACAGAAGGAUCAUCCUUCCACUCAUGGAGAGCCCCCGAGAAUGAAAUACGAAGAACCUAACCUGGACAUGGUUAUAUCUCCUUCUCCAUUAGUUGCCUGGCGUGCCGCAGGCUGUCAACUACUGACAGAAAAACAACUGUUUUUGCUCACUCCACUAUCAAAAAUUAAGGCCAGAAAUCCAUACAGGAAGAACACAAAUAAUACUUUACAAUCUAUCAUCAGGAAUUCAGAUUCCGUAUCUGAAACAGUGAAAGAAUUGGGUGCCUUAAAUCCUUGUUUCAUUGAAGAAAAGAUCAGCAUGAGCAAAACCACACUGAAACACCACUCCCAAACUGAUCUGAAAAAGAAAUCAAACAGGAGAAAGGAUGCAAAUGAGCAGGAGGCGCUAGAAUGGUUCUUGUCGCCACCAAAGACCUGCACUGUAAUGGAUCCAAAUGAUACCUCAAAUCCUUCAGUAAUGGCCGGCAAGAGCUCGAGAUGCAGAAAUCCGAAGAUCGCCACUAUCAUCGAUGAUCGUAACGAUCCUGAAUCUUUUCGAGGGAUCGAAAAUCAGGAUGAUCGCCAUCUCCAUGAGCUGCGAUUGUGUAGUCUCGCGCGUAAAAAGGAUUCUGAUGGAGGAUUGGAAUGGUUCUUGUCGCCACCGAAGACUUGCGCUGUAAUGGAGCCAUUGAGGGACGGGAAGAUACUGUCGACGCCGGUUGUUGUCGACGGCUCUGUGAUUAGAAGCCGGCGAGCUGGGGAGAAUACCUUGAAGAAGGAGCUCUGGACUAGGUUUCAGGCUGUGUCUAUGGGUAGAAUUCUUUACACAGAGUCGGGGUUGCAGAAGGUGGGGAAGAAAGGUUUUAUGGAUAUGCUUGAAGAGGCUACUUAAAUAGUUUUUAAGGUAGAUUUGUAAAUUUAAAUUUGUUUUUUUUUUUGUGGCAAAAGCUAUUUGAAUUUUUUUUUUGAAAUUUUAUAAAAAUUUGGGUAUGUUUUUUAGGACUAGUAUUUUGUUGAUCACAUGUAG